GCGGCGGGUCUCUGUGUUGAAAGAAAUUCAUUCAAAAGUUGAUUCCUGAUUCUUUACUGACGCUUAUAGCGCAGAUUUAUAUCUCCUCUCUCCUCUUGUCCAGAGAUCUUUCUUAGAUUAUUUUUUUUUUCCCUUCAUUCAAUUUCCCACACAUCCAAAAUGAGCGACGAGUCGAACAGCGUCCCCGCUGAGGCCCCCGAGAGAUUCGCCAUUGGUAUCUCCUUUGGCAACUCCUCCAGCUCUAUUGCCCGCAUUUCGCCUGAGGGCAAGGCUGAGGUUAUUGCCAACGAGGAAGGAGAUCGUCAAAUCCCGUCGGUCCUCUCGUACAUUGAAGGCGAAGAAUACCACGGCACCCAGGCCAAGGCGCAGCUGAUCCGCAACCCCAAGAACACCGUUGCGUACUUCAGAGAUUACCUCGGAAAGAACUACAAGUCGAUAGAUGCUACCCCGUGUCACCAGUCUGCCCACCCCGUGCAGGUCGACUCUACUGUGGCCUUUUCCAUCCGCGAUACUGCCAGCGAGGAUGUCAACACCGUUACCGUUUCCGAAAUCACCACUCGCCACCUUCGCCGUUUGAAGCAAUCGGCCGCUGAUUUCAUCGGCAAGGAGGUCAACGCUGCUGUUAUCACUGUUCCUACAGAUUUCCAUGAUGCUCAGCGGGAGGCCUUGAUCGCCGCGGCCAAGGAGGCCGGUAUUGAGGUUCUGCAGUUGAUUCACGAGCCCGUUGCUGCCGUCAUGGCCUAUGAUGCUAGACCGGAAGCCACUGUCGCUGAUAAGCUGGUUGUUGUCGCUGAUCUCGGUGGAACUCGCUCGGAUGUUGCUGUUAUUGCUUGCCGGGGUGGCAUGUACACCAUCCUUGCCACUGCUCACGACUACGAGCUUGGAGGUGCUUCGUUGGACCAGAUCAUCAUUGAUCACUUCGCCAAAGAAUUCAUCAAGAAGCACAAGGUUGACCCCCGUGAGAACGAACGUGGUCUUGCCAAGUUGAAGCUGGAGGGUGAGGCUACGAGGAAGGCCCUGAGUCUUGGAACCAAUGCCAGCUUGAGCAUUGAGUCUCUCACGGACGGAAUUGACUUCAGCUCUACCAUCAACCGCACCCGCUAUGAGCUGCUUUCCUCCAAGGUCUUUGCUCAGUUCACCGACUUGAUCCAGCAGGUUAUCAAGAAGGCUGAGUUGGAUGUUUUGGACAUCGAUGAGGUCAUCUUCUCUGGUGGUGCUUCCCACACCCCCAAGAUCGCCCACCUUGCCCGUAACAUCUUCCCCGAGAAGACCGCCAUCCUUGCCCCGUCCACCCUCAUUACUGCUCUCAACCCCUCCGAGCUUGCUGCCAGGGGUGCUGCCGUGCAAGCUUCCCUGAUCCAGGAAUUUGACAAGGAGGAUAUCGAGCAGUCCAUUCACCCCAUGGUCACUGCCACCCCUCACCUGCGCAACGCUAUCGGUGUCCAGUUCGUGUCCGGUGAGGAUGUUGACUUCCAGCCUCUCCUGAACGCUGAGACCGCCCUGCCGGCCCGUCGGACUGCGCAGUACUCCGUCCCCAAGGCUGGUGGCAGCGUUUUCGUCCGCGUCUGCGAGGGUGUUCGUGAGAUCAAGGUCACCAAGCCCGAGCCCAAGCCCAAGGCGGAGAAGGCCUCUGACGCCGAGGAGGAUGACUCCGACUUUGAUUCCGACGAAGAUGAAGAGGAGGAGAUCCGUGAGACUGUGUGGAAGACCGACAAGGCCAUUGCCGAGCUCGCUGUCAAGGAUGUCAAGGCCGGUGGCAAGGUUGAGCUUAUGGUUCACGUCAACUCUGACCUUGGCCUGCAGAUCACUGUGAGGGAGGUUGGAGGACAGAGCGCUGUCCGUGGUGCUGUCGAGUCCCCUAAGCCCACCGAAAACUGAUCUGCUUAACCAGAUCUUUGCCUUUUUUGUUGACUCAGCUAAUAUGCAGAUUUACGCUUUCACGGCUCUAUUUUUUGUUUUAUAUUUGAAUGAAUGUUCUGCAAUUUUACCUCCCUCUAUUUCAUUCCUUCCCAGCACUUGGAGCAUG